AUGCAUACACCUCUUCAGCAACAUUUUCUGUCCCUCAAACAUCUACUUCGAUAUGUAAAAGGCACUGCAGAUUUUGGUAUACAACUUCGCUCUGGUUCUUUAUCUCUACGGGCAUAUGCCGAUUCCGACUGGGCAGGGGAUCCGUUUGAUCGAAAAUCCACAACCGGUUACUGCUUAUUUCUCGGCGAAAAUCUUAUCUCUUGGUGUGUAAAGAAACAACCCACUGUUGCUCGCUCAUCCACGGAAGCUGAGUAUCGUGCAUUAGCCACUGCUGCUACCGACAUUAUUUGGAUCAGAUGCUUACUUGCGGACUUCCAAUUUUCCAUUACAGCUCCUACCUUCCUUUAUUGCGAUAAUGUUUCAGCAAUUGCACUUGCCCAUAAUCCGGAUCAAAUAGCUGAUAUCUUCACCAAGGUGCUUCCUCGCAUCCCGUUUCUCACACUACGAAACAAGCUUCUGGUUUCUCCGGCACCAUCAGCUUGA